UUAUAUAUAUAUUUUUUUUUUAAAUAUAUAUGCUAUGAUAUGAGUCAUUGGAAAAUGUAUUUGUGGCUUAGCGAUAGGUCAAUUACAGUAGGAUUUAAGUUUCCAGUGCAUAGUUUAAUGAAACUCUGAACAGGCUACAUAACCUACAGACACGUAACUACGAUAAUUAAGUUAGACAAAAAAAAAAAAUACUACUUUUAUCAAAAUGACCCACAAGCUGUCCAUUACAAUUCCAAUACUUUUGUAUUAUUUAAACUGCACUACAUACGUCAACCAUGCACAAUUCAAUAUACAUUUUAAUAUGGGAUAUUCUGUAUAAAAACCACCAGGCAAUAUAUAAAUACAGAAAAUAAUGUGUCAAUUUACUCAUAUGGUUAUAUUGGCUUUUUGCUAUGGUUUUGUUGCUUGAAAAUGUAUACAUUAUAGUUCUCAAUGGCAAGAGUUUAACAAUUUAUGCUUUUUUUUUCAUUUUGCAACUUCUGUAUUUCCGGGUGGAUGUACUUUCUGAAGAUAUGGCAAACAGUGCUGGAAGAUCUGACGAUCUUAAGAUGUUCAAAAAAAAGGUAGGAUAAUACUAAUAUUAUUUUGAAAUUAGUACUGUCACUCUUCAAUCAAAUACAAAAAAAUAAAAGGUUUUAUAAUGUGGCUCAAAAUCUUCAAGGCACACCAUUUUAGGGCUGUAUCCACUGAGCAGAUGUCGUCAGCUGAUCAGAGGCGAGAAUACAACCGGAUCUGGCCAAGGGUGUCAAGAGCCCAGAAAAAGAAUACACGUGAUGGAGAACCAAAUGAGCUGCAGAAUCACAAUGAUCAGGAGAUGUACAGUGAUGAUAGCCCUGGGAGUGGAGGUGGAUGUACCAUUGAAGAGCAGCUGCAUGACGAUACCAACAUUGUCCCUGAGACUGAGUUGGAACAAAUGGAGACAUCAGAGGAUUCCUGUGAUGGUGAUGAGGACAGUGCAGUUGCCUCUUCUUUUAGGGAGCAACUUAAAGAAUGGGCCAUUGAUUUUGGAGAGAAACACAAUGCUGUGGAUGCCUUAUUGAAGGUCCUGAAAAAAAAUGGUCAUCCAGAGCUUCCUUCCACUGCAAGAACCUUGUUGGAGAGUACCAAUGAAGUGGAUGUGGAGACUGAGUCUGGAAUGCAGUGUGUUCAGUUUGAUGUUAGAGGGCAGAUUCUGGAACAUCUUAAAAAGUAUCCCCAAGCAGUGCUUGAAAAAUUAGACAGUGUAGACAUCUCCCUGAAUGUUGAUGGCUUGCCUCUUUUUAAAAGCAACAACCAAUCUCUUUGGCCUGUUCUCUGCUGCAUCAAUUUGUCACCUAAAUCUAUUUUCCCCCUGUCUCUGGCUUUGGUGUCAUCCAAACCAACCUCCCUCAACUUCAUCAGCAAAACAGUCAGCAAAUUGGAGAACGUGAUGCAGAAUGGCUUGGAGUGGGGAGACAAGGUGAUACAUGUCCAGAUAAGGUGCAUAACUUGUGACGCUCCUGCGAAGGCACUUGUCAAGUGUAUCAAGCAGUACUCUGGGUACUUUGGUUGUGACAGGUGUACACAGAAGGGGUUCUGGGAUGGACGGAUGACCUAUCAAGAGGUUGAAAACCUCACACUGAGGACUGACCAAUCCUUCAGAGAGGUAACUCAACUGGAACAUCACCAUGAAGGAAAAACAUCACCUUUCUCCAACCUCUCUAUUGACAUGGUCACAUCCUUUCCUGUGGACUAUAUGCACCAGUGUUGCCUUGGGGUAAUGAAGAAGCUUUUGCUUUUGUGGACAAAAGGAAAGAAGGAGACAAGAAUGUCCUCAGGGCAGAUUAAGGAGGUGAGUGUGAGACUUGAGCAACUGAAGACAGCUAUUCCAAACAAUUUCGCAAGAAAGCCAAGGGGUUUGGAACAUCUUGAGCGUUGGAAGGCCACAGAGUUCCGUCAGUUUGCUCUUUACACUGGCAAGUUAGUCCUGAGGGGAGUUCUUCAAGAUGACCAGUUUGAGCAUUUCAUGGCUUUCAGCGUUGCAAUGUGCAUGCUAAUUUCUCCAAGCCUGGUGCAAGCCCACUGCUCGUAUGCACAUGAACUGCUCUAAUUUUUUGUACAGCAAGGAAGGUUUUUGUAUGGGGAGUGCUUCCUAGUCUACAACGUCCACUCCAUGCUGCACCUUGUUGCUGAUGCUAAAAAAUUUGGCUGCCAGGACAACUGCAGUGCAUUCCCCUUUGAGAAUUAUCUUCACCAUUUGAAAAAACUGGUCCGCUCGGGAAGAAGUCCUCUGGUCCAAAUUGUGAAAAGACUGAAUGAGGGUGGAAGUCUCAGGAGGGAACUUACUGAGAAAGAAGGCAAAGUAAGUAGCAAACAUCCAAACAACAUUUACAUGCUAAAUGACAAAGCAUGCUGUGAGGUAUUGUCAACAACCCCAGAAAAAAAUGAUGGCGCACAAAUGUUCCUUUGUAGGGUGUAUAACCACCUUGAACCCUACACCUCGAGUCCCUGUGACUCUCGCCUUUAUGGAGCAAUACGGACAAACAUCCGAAACACAAGCAUGAAACUGUUAUCAGAGAUAUGCCUCAAACAAAGGGCAAUCAUGUUUGAGGAGGAAUAUGGCUCACGAGUGUUCUUUACCAUUCUCCACUCCUUUUCAUGAGACUCUACCUUGGCCGCAGCAUCGCCCCAGUCUCCAUCACUGACACAUCGCCUCAGUCACCAUCACUGACAUACCUGGCAGCAGCAUCGCCCCAGUCUCCAUCACUGACACAUCACCUCAGUCUCCAUCACUGACCGACCUGGCAGCAGCAUCGCCCCAGUCUCCAUCACUGACAGACCUGGCCGCAGCAUCGCCCCAGUCUCCAUCACUGACAGACCUGGCAGCAGCAUCGCCACAGUCUCCAUCACUGACAGACCUGGCCGCAGCAUCGCCCCAGUCUCCAUCACUGACGCAUCGCCUUAGUCUCCAUCACUGACAGACCUGGCCGCAGCAUCGCCCCAGUCUCCAUCACUGACGCAUCGCCUUAGUCUCCAUCACUGACAGACCUGGCAGCAGCAUCGCCCCAGUAUCCAUCACUGACAGACCUGGCCGCAGCAUCGCCUCUGUCUCCAUCACUGACAUACCUGCCAGCAGCAUCGCCCCAGUUUCCAUCAAAAUGUCUUUGUACUUCAGGUUCAUCAUCUGAAGUUUUCGGUGGUGCAUUUUCUUGAGGAAAAUGAGGUGGAUGUGGCACCAUCAUUAUGGUUGGCGAAGAGCAAUGGGGUUCUGAAUUGCUAUUGGCCGGCAAAUAAUGCCAGCGUUCUGGCAAGACGCUGUGCUCUGCCCGACAAGGUACUUUGGAAAAAGUACAAAGUUCGCGUUUUCUCUACAACAGACAGCUACAGCCUGGCCAGGGAGAGGGCAAGAAAGGGGCAAGACACCUCUCAGGUGGAAACGGUGGAGAUAAAUUCGAGGAGGAUAAACGUUCCUGCCAGGUACCAGGAGCCUGAUAGUGACGGUAAUUAUGUGUCUAUACGUAUAUAUAUAUAUAUAUAUAUAUGAGUUCUCUGUUGAAUAUAUUGUAAGACUCAUGUUUUUAAAAAAAAAAAUUCAUACAUGCCUCAUUAAGAUGAGGAAGUAAAAAAAAAAAAAAAAAAAGAACAAUAAAACCUGGAGUGUUGCCAAGAGGGCCUGCGUUCCCUUCACCACCUAUCAUCACACCUGUCAGGGUCGAUGAUGAAGGCAUGGCUGGUGUAUCAGCUGCUGGAAUCCAACCACAUAAUAUUACUCCAUGUGAAUCCUCCACCAUCGAGGGAGAAACCUAUGAGGCCUUUCAAUGUACCUUAAUACAGACACAUAGCUACACUAUAUAA